CUUUUAUUUAUAUUUAGAAGAUUUAGAAGACAUUGCUGGGUCUACCUCAACCUCAAAAUUCAUAACCAAGCAUGUUAAGGGUGAAACUGCAGAGGUUUUUAUGUAUUACUCAUAUAAGUGUAGUACUACUACUACUUGUAAUAAUUAGUUGUACGGAAUGUUUUGAGAUCUCUAAAGGCAUCAAUGGCUUAGAAAAAGUCAUACUUCGUGAACCUCAUGGCAGUAGUGCAGAGGUAUAUCUAUAUGGAGCUCAUGUGACCUCUUGGAAAAACAAGCAAGGAGAAGAGUUGCUUUUUCUCAGUAGUAAGUCGUUCUUUGAGCCUCCAAAGCCAAUACGUGGGGGUAUUCCGUUAUGCUUUCCUCAAUUCUCCAAUCUAGGCCCUCUUCAAUCACAUGGAUUUGCUAGAAACAGAUUCUGGACCAUUGACACUGCUAUUUCACCCAAUGUCAACAAUAGCGGUUUUGUUGAUCUGUUACUUAAGCCCACUGAAGAGGAUUUGAAGAUAUGGCCUAACAGCUUUGAGUAUCGACUGAGGGUUGCUCUGGGACGCAAAGGAAACUUAAUGAUGACAUCUCGAAUCAGAAAUACCAACACUGAUCGAAAGCCAUUUAACUUCACAUUUGCAUAUCACAACUAUUUCUCUGUUUCAAACAUCAGUGAAGUUCGAGUGGAAGGAUUGGAGAACCUCGAUUAUCUUGACAACUUACAAAACAGGACAAGAUUUACAGACCAAGGUGCUGCAAUAACCAUUCAGUCAGAGUUUGACAAGAUCUAUCUCAGCACACCAAAAAAGAUUGAAAUUCUGGAUCAUGGAAACAAACGAACAUUUACAAUUCUCAAACAUGGACUUCCUGAUUCUGUGGUGUGGAAUCCAUGGGAUAAGAAGGCGAAAAAGAUGACUGAUUUUGGGGCCGAGGAGUACAAAAACAUGGUUGCAGUGGAGUCAGCAGCAAUUGAAAAGCCCAUUAAAUUGAAGGCUGGUAAAGAAUGGAAAGUAAAGCAGGAACUCUCGGCUUGCAACUCUAGUUAAUUAGUUGACAAACAUUUGCUCAUCAACAACAUUAUGUACUUUGUCUAUUUAUUACAUUACAUCAUCCAACAUUAUCAUUGCUUUGGUGCUA